AUGUCCAGCCAUUCUUUAAGUUUACAUUCUUAUAAUGAAGUUGAGAUAAAGCAGUUUCAAAAACACCUGAUAGAUUUCUAUGAAGAAACAAAGCGCGUAUUGCCAUGGCGAAAAAAAGGAUGUGAUCUUCCCGCAAAAGAUGCUCCUUUAAACGAAUGGGAGACUCCUAUACAGCGGUUGUACGAAGUGUUGGUGUCAGAGAUUAUGUUGCAACAAACGCGUGUAGAAACAGUAAAAAGAUAUUACAAUAAAUGGAUGGAAACGCUUCCUACUCUUCAGGCCUGUGCUGAAGCUGAUUACAAUACACAGGUCAUGCCGUUAUGGUCAGGUAUGGGAUUCUAUACCCGUUGUAAACGUCUACAUCAAGCUUGUCAGUAUCUAGCUGGGUUGAAACCAAAGGAAAUCCCUUUGAGCGCGGAAAAGUGGUCUAAAGAUAUCCCUGGGGUUGGACCUUACACAGCUGGUGCUGUAUUAAGUAUUGCUUGGAAACAACCUACUGGAAUCGUGGAUGGAAAUGUGAUCCGUGUUUUGAGUCGAGCGCUUGCCAUUCAUAGCGAUUGUAGCAAAGGAAAAGCUAAUACUCUUAUCUGGGAACUAGCCAAUGCAUUGGUGGAUCCUGAGCGCCCAGGCGAUUUUAAUCAAGCAUUGAUGGAACUUGGCGCCAUCACCUGUACUCCUCAGAGCCCUCAAUGCUCGACCUGUCCUGUUUCGGAUAUCUGCAAAGGCUAUCAAGAACAGAUUGUUAUCUCAGACAAGAAAAAAUUAAAAUAUGAUAUUGAAGAUGGGCCCUGUAGUAUUUGUUCAACAGACCCUCCAUCCGCUGAAACUUUGCAAAACUGGGUGGUAAACAGGUAUCCCAUCCGACCGCAAAAAACAAAGCAGAGAGAAGAAAGGGCUUUAGUCGCCAUAUUUCAAAAGACGGAUCCAGAAACGAAAGAAAAGCUAUUUUUAAUUAGAAAGAGACCAACGGUCGGUCUCUUAGCCGGAUUAUGGGAUUUUCCAACAAUGGAAUAUGGAGAAGAUGCCUGGCCAAAAGAUAUUGAAGCCGAAUUCAAGAGGUGUCUAAACUUAUGGUUACAAAAAGAGAACUUAUGUGUAAAAAAACAUCAGUCACGUGGAAGAUAUCUCCAUAUAUUUAGUCACAUAAGAAAAACAAGCCACGUAUUUUAUGCUAUCGUGACUCCAGAGACGAAAACUAAGGAGGACUUUUUUUGGAUAUCUCAGUCUGAUUUGGAUCAUGUAGGUAUGUGUGAACUUGGACUUAAAAAUUACAGAGGAGCCUUGGAUUUAAAAAAGAGGAAGCUUACUUCUUUGUCAAACUUUAAGGCUCCCACUCUUAUCCCGGCUAAACAACAAAACGUGAAAGCCGAAGCUUAA